AUAUAUUUUAAUUCAGUCUGGCAUCGAUAUUCAUUGUGUAUUCAUAGUAGUAUAGUUUUUAGAUUAUUAUGAUUAGUUACGCCAUCUUACGAGAAAAUCGUAACGGUGUAAAAGUCUCGUGCAUAUAAAUCCUACGGUUGUUCAUUGUUAUUUUUAUUCUUAACAAUAAUCAUCAAUUAAUGAAAUUGUCAUUUGCUUGAAUUUGUAAUGAAGUUGUCGUGUGACAAUGACGAUGACGAUGACGACAACGACGACGACAACGACGACGACAAUAAAGACGAUGAUGACAACAAAGGCAGUAACGGUCGUCUGAAAACGUCGUCGAUGAUUAAAACCGCGUACGCGAAUUUUGUACAUAAAAUUCGGUUUGACAGCACUUAUCGUAAGGCGAAUUAUAGCGAGUCGGAUAGAGACAUGUCUGAUAAUUUGGAAGUAUCCAUAGACGACUGGAUAUCGGAAGAGAAAUGCGAAAGUGACGAGAACGUCGCGGAACUCGACGUCCAGAAAUACGAGAGCAUGCUGUAUCUGAACAAGCAGAUACUGUCACAAUUGUUGAAUUUAAAAGUGGAUAUAACCUCGGCCCUGCAAAAAUGCGAAUGGAGAUUGGCAAUGAUUGAAAGAAGCUUGCAGAAACACGCGGUCGGAGAGAGAAAGGUUUUGAUAUGCACCGCCGGCAUCCCGUACUUCAAAGACAGACAUUACUUCUUUGCGCCCAAGAAUGACGACGAAAUCCUGAAAGGAAGUCGGAAUGAAUUGCAAAUGGUAAACCUUCCAAAGACCUCGGACUGGUCAAUUGAAGACAAGAAUAUCCUUGUAAACGCGGUAAGAGCUGAAGAAGAAAAACAGGAAGACGAAGGUCUCACGCAAGCAGUGAGUAUCGAGAAAACAAAGCAUGCGAGAUAUGAUGGUCCCGUGAUAGAAAGGGAACUAGACUGGAUGAAGAUAUCGUCUCUUAAUUACGAGAUACCUCAUUCUCCUCUCGAUUGCCGCGUGAUUUGGAACGUUUUCCUCCAUCACGAUAUAAACAAAAGUCGAUGGACCAACAAAGAAGAUAUAAAGCUGAAAGAGAUCGCCAAAGCAUGCAAGUUCCAGGACUGGGAGAAGAUCACCGAGCGAUUAGAUACGAAACGUACAGCGUAUCAAUGCUUCGUCAGAUACAAUACGACAAAGAAAUUGUCGAAAAUACAAAAUUAUAAUUGGAGUAGCGAGGAAGAUGAAAGGUUGUUGAAAUUGGUAGAAAUAUACCGGAUCGGUGACUUCAUUCCUUGGGGCGAGUUAGCCAAUUGGAUGCCGAAUAGAACGAAGCAACAGAUUUACUACCGAUGGACGUACAGUUUGGCCCCUUAUCUGUCGAAGGGCAGGUUCACCAGAAUGGAAGAUCGAAUUCUGAUGGACGGUGUUACCAAGUUUGGUAAAAAUUUUCACAAGAUAUCGGCUGUUCUGAUGCCUCACAGAUCCACCGUGCAGCUUCAUUAUCGUCACGAAACGUUGAUCUUAAACGAGAUGGAGGACUGGAAUCGGUGGUCGUUGGAGGAGGAUGCGAAAUUACUCGAAUUGUUUUACAGCAUAGGGCCGGACUGGUCUGCGAUAGCUAAACAGUUUCCGCGUAAAAAGGGUAGAACUCAGCUGCGACACAGAUGCAACGCUCUACAGAAAUAUAUCAAGAGGGGCGUUUCGUUGCUCGAUUUACAUUAUAACGAAAUCACCGAGAGAGAAGAUGUAACACUCACGGUAUUAAAUAGCGAGCUAUGGGAUGGCAAAGAUACUAUCAAACGUGAUAACGACGACGGUGACGACGACAGUUGGAUAGACCAAAAACUAAUCGAAUACUUUCGCUCGAAAGGUUGUAGGGAGAAAGUUUAUCAUAGGAAAAGCUUGAAAUGUAACGUAACUAAUUUGUAUAACACUCUACGGCAAUUAAAUACCGUAUUAUUUAUGCCUGACGAAGACAUCGACAAAAAGUUGACCGGUGAACAUCGUCGGCUCGCGUUUGCAUUGAAAGAUCAUGUGAGAAAACAGGAGGACAAGAAACAGGUCGCUGAAGUUGUAGAUAAGUAUAGACUACGGAUGUUCGCCUGCUCGAACGACAAGGAGAUUCCUGAAGAAUCGAAUUCGCAUUUUAUUCCUCCGCUUCCUUUCGAUAUACAACAGUACAAACCAAAACGUUCAAGGGAAAACACGCGUACCAUCGAUUACGGUUUGAAUAGAAACAAUAACUUUUUAUUGGAAGCACCAUUGGUUUUCGAUACUCCGGAUCAUGUGAACUCUUAUAUCGACAAAGAAAAUCGGGAAUUUCAGAAAUUACUGGCCUCGUAUGGAGCUGAAGACAAUUCGAAAAGUAAUGUAACCGCCUCCCCUUUGGUUUCGACAGAACACACGCCGACGAAACGAAUGAGCGCCUGGAUGGCGCAAGACACUGUUACACAGGACGCCUCUAAUAGAUCCCUUUUUCAAGAUGCCAAGAAUUACGAUGAUUCCCGGAUCUCGUUCACUUAUCACCGCACCGGAGCAACGCGAGACACGCGCGUAAUAGAUGCAACUCACGCGACUUUAUCGAGCUUCAGAGUUUUGACGCAUUUGAAACGAUUAAGUGAAAAUCAUAAUUUAAACAAUCUAUUACUCGUACGAUUGAAUCAGUUUCACGAAACCUUUGGAGUCUUGGAAACGCGUUUGGAACAGUUAUUUAAAUAUCCGAUAGGUAUGUCACAAAUCGAUUUCCUGGGAAACGACACGAAUUCGUUUAGUUUCGUAGAUAUCGACACCGAGGACAGGAACGUUCCUAGUGUCAAUGCACGAAAGAAAUGUUUGCAACGAAAAAAUUAGACGAGAAUCAUUUAUACAUGACUGCAACCUGUUUCAGAAGUUUUAGCUCCUUUUUGUUACUUGUAUAUAGAUGGAAUAAUUUUAAGAUAGAAAAGCAUUUCUAUAAAUCAUUAAGCUAGAAAUCUAUGUUCUAAGGACGACUUUUAAUUGUGAAGCUCAAGAAACAAUAUUCAAAAUACAAUAUUUUUACUUACAUCUCA